GUUUGUCUCAACUGAUGGUUCAUGGGAGCUCAGGCACACAACAUGUACCUGCUGCUGGGGUGUCUACUGCUCUCCUGGCUUAGCACUGAAGUCUCUGCAGAGUCUUCACUGGACACUAACUACACGGUCGUGGCUCAUGCUGUCUUGGUGGGUGAACCGUUCACAAUGUCAUGCCCCCUACAAGGCUUUAACCAAACCUGGAGACGUGUAAACCAGAAAAAAACACUUGUUCAAGGCAACCCCUUCACUCUGCACAGCGCUACCCUUAACGACACAGGGCAGUACCAGUGUGCUUACGAGAACAAAUCCUUGUGGUUGGCAGGACAGCCUGUAACGUUGACUGUCGUAGAGUUACUCCCUCCUGUGUGGGUGACUGCAGACCCAGUUACGCCAACCAUAGUGGAAGGUCAUGAAGUCAGCCUCAAGUGUAGCCAAAACGACUCCAGUAUCGGGCCUCUGUCUUGGGUGUGGAAGCGGAAGGGGGUGCAGGACGUGUGGGAGGAGGUGGGCAGGGGCAGGGCGCUGACUCUCACCAGGUCCAGCCAGACUGGGGCGUACCGCUGCCAGGUCAACAGCAACACUUCUGCCAUCUACCAGGAGAAAAUCAGCCCGGAAUGCAGCGUCCUCAUCAUCUCCCUGCCAAUAACCAUCAGUUACCAUGUAGCUGUGGCAGGGCUGACACUGGCUCUGUUGGCAUUGCUCCUAUUGGCCCUUCUGUUUCUGAGGAUGUUGAGACUGAGGACCAACGAGACAGCUAGUCUCCAGGAUCUGGUCAGAAGCAAAGAGACUGCUGUACCUCACCAAAGUAAUCACAAAAAAAUCACAAAUAAAUCACCAAAGAGGAGUGCCCAAAAACCUGCUGUUGAGGUGGGGGAGAUCUAUAUGAACUCUGAAACCUUUGGCAAAGCCUACUGUGACCUCAACACUGACCAGACAAUUGUAGAGGAGAUCUACGACACCCUGGACUGAAGACUGAGGGAGCAUGGAAUGUAGAAGAGAGAGGAAGAGGGACACAGUGUGAAUCGAGGUUAUGGAGAGGAAGGAGAGGGGGUGGGGGGAGGGAGAGGGGGAGAAGGGAGAGGGGAAGAGAGAGAGGGGGAGCAGGGAGGAGGGAGAGGGGAGAGGAGUGAAUUGGAGGAGUCAUAUGAAAUUUAUGUAUACAAAAAAGUAUACACAGAUGUGCGAUGCAAAUGAUAAAUUUGUCAUAAUCUACAGAAACAUACACAUAUGACAUCAACACAUAUUAUCUCAAUAUUAUCAACAUGAAUUUGUAAUUUUUUUUAUGAAAUUGUCAUUGCCGACAGCUAUAGCUUGUGGUUUAUGCGUGUGCCUCUCUCUUUAAAGGAACAAAUACAACAACUGUAGCUUCUGCAUUAUUAUAGCACAGGACCACACUCAGAUGGGUUUCUUUCACAACUGAUCUUUUGGGGUAUAUUGUACUGUAUUUGAGAUAUGGUGUUGCUGCACUUAUAUAUCACAUAUAUAUUUGAAAUAUGCUUUUUACUCUUUAACCUGAUUAUCUGCUGCUCUUCCUAAAUUCACUUUUUGUAGGUGGCUUUGAAUAAAAGUGUCUGCUACAUGAAGCAAUGUAAUGUAUA